AUGGCAACUGGAAAACUGCCUAGUACAAAGACCAUAUUAUCUGCGGCUGCCUCUGUUGCUGCAUCAGCAAUGCUUAUCCGAAGCAUUGCCAAUGAAUUCCUCCCUGCUGAAUUCCAACAAUACUACAUUUCCACCAUUCGUAGUUUUCGCAAUCGUCUUUCUUCUCAAUUCACCAUUGUUAUAGAUGAAUACCGAGGGCACAUAAAAAACGAACUGUUUGAGGCCGCAGAUAUGUACUUGGGCACUAUAACCACCCCGUCCACUCAAAGGGUUAAACUGGGGAAGACCGAGAAUGAGAAGAAUCUAGCAAUCACUGUGGAUACAAAUGUGGAGGUUGUGGAUGUUUUUGAAGAUGUCAAUAUCCAAUGGAGGUUGGUAUGUAUAGAGUCGAAGGGUGGUUAUGAAACAGCAGGAGCAAUCUAUGGAAGGCAUAUGAGGGGCGGCCUAAAUACAACUCUCCGAACAGAAAUCAGAUUCUAUGAGUUAAGUUUUGGCAAGAAACACAAAGAAAAUGUAAUAAACUCAUACCUGCCAUACAUUUUGGAGAAAGGUAAGAUCAUUCAAGAAGAAGGCAAGGUGAUAAAGCUUCAUACAGUGAGAUACGAAUACUGGGAUGCCCAAACAAUCAAAAUUGACCACCCCAUGACUUUCAAGACCCUGGCAAUGGAUUCAGAGAUAAAGAAGGCAUUAAUGGAGGAUUUGAAUAAUUAUAUCAAUGGGAAAGAGUUUUACAGAAGAAUUGGAAAGGCUUGGAAACGUGGAUACUUGUUGUAUGGUCCUCCUGGAACGGGCAAGUCAAGCUUGAUUGCAGCUAUUGCUAAUUACCUUAACUACAGCAUCUAUGACUUGGAUCUAACAGAUGUCAUGCGUAACUCAGAUCUAAGGAGCUUGUUGCUUGGCAUGUCUAGCAGAUCCAUACUUGUCAUUGAGGAUAUCGACUGCUCUAUCAAGCUGCAAAAUCGAGAAUCUGAAGAUGAAUAUGAAGCACACAACCCCAAAAAUAAGGUGACACUUUCUGGGCUCCUUAAUUUCAUUGAUGGCCUCUGGUCAUGCUGUGGAUCCGAACGCAUCAUUAUUUUCACAACGAAUCACAAAGAUCGACUAGAUCCUGCACUAUUGAGACCCGGUCGUAUGGAUAUGCACAUCCAUAUGUCCUACUGCACCUUCUCAGCUUUCAAGCAACUAGCCUUAAAUUAUCUGGGGCUUUAUAAUCACAAUCUCUUUAAGCAGAUUGAAGAGCUCUUGGGCAAGGUUGAGGUCACCCCAGCAGAAGUUGCAGGGGAGCUGAUGAAGACCAGUAAUGCUGAAGUUUCCCUGCAAGGCCUAGUUAAAUUCCUUCACAACAAAAUGAAAGAAAAAGAAGAGAUAAAAACUGAGAAGAAUUCAAAAGCACAUAAUGAAGAAGAGAAUGAAAACGAGAAGACUCUGCAUGCCAAGAACAUGACUUGA